CUCGCUCCCUGCCCACUCCCGGGGGACCGUUCCGUGGCGCGGCCGCCGCGGCCACCGCUUCUUUCACACUUUAGUUGCGAGCGGGCGCGCCGCGCUCAGUGACUGGAGAGCUGGCCGCACGCCGCCUUCCCGCACGCACGCACGCGGGCCCGGCUCCGGGGUUUUCUGCUUUUACUCCAGGCGGCGGGGAGGAGGGGGAGCCCCGGCCACACUGUAGGAAGGAGGAGGACGUGGAGGAGGGAGGAAGAGCGCAGGCGAGGAGGCCAGGGGCGGGGGGCGGGGGGCUUGCCACCUUCAGCCCCCCCCCGCGAGCGCCCAAGGCGCAGGCACUGUGACCAACGCCGCCGUAGCAGCAGCAGCAGCAGCAGCAGCGAGGUGGAUUUCUGUUGUGUUUAAAGAGAGAACAAGAAGCAUGUCCCCGUGUCUGUAGCGAUGAUUUGCAGUCCAGCCCGGCUGAAGCUCCCCGAAUGAGACUAUGGGCUGUGCCUCUGCCAAGCAUGUUGCCACUGUUCAAAAUGAAGAGGAAGCUCAGAAAGGGAAGAACUACCAGAACGGAGAUGUGUUUGGCGAUGAGUAUAGAAUCAAACCCGUGGAAGAGGUCAAAUACAUGAAAAAUGGGGCAGAAGAGGAACAGAAAAUCGCAGCCAGGAACCAAGAAAACCUGGAAAAAAGUGCCAGCUCAAAUGCAAGGCUUAAAACUAAUAAAGAAAUCCCUGGAUUGGUCCAUCAACCCAGAGCAAACAUGCACAUCUCUGAAAGCCAACAAGAAUUCUUCAGAAUGCUGGAUGAGAAAAUUGAAAAGGGUCGGGAUUAUUGUUCUGAAGAAGAGGACAUCACAUAGCAUCACUUCUCCCUCUCAGACCAGGAGCUACUACUGUGUAAAUAGGUUACACCCCAGUUGAAACCUUUGCAAAGGUCGGUUCUCUUCACUGAACAGCACUAUAGCAAACGAAGACCGUUCCAUAUCGUAUGCCCCAUUAAAUUACAGUGUUUCUUAAUGAA